AUGUUGCGUGUGUGGAGUGUUUCAGGAGCCGAGUUGGCUUUCCCUGCUGGAGAUGUGACAGAUGUUCAGGCAUUGAAGAACCAAAUACGCGAACAGUGGGGCAUCCCUGUUUCUAUACAGGCAUUUCUCCAUAACCAACACCGGUUGGAUCUUUCGCAAAAGCUCGAUAAGCCUAUGGAGUUGCAGCUGGUCCAGGAAUCCUUCCACUCGACCUCACCAAAUCGGCGCUUGCUGGACCUGGAGUUGAUCGAGUAUGCUGCCACAACAGGGAACGAUGAAGUUGCGCGCCGGUUGUUGGAUGCAGGCGCUGACAAGGACUGCAGAUGUCAAGACGGCGAGACCGUGCUGAUUCGCUCGGCUGCUGCAGGUCAUGUGGGGAUAGUGCGAUUGCUGCUGGGAAGAUCUGCUAGUGUCGACCUCUCUCGCAGUGACGGGAAGACGGCUUUGACUUGCUCCUGUCAGAACCAGUUCGUGGAGGUUUCGCGCUUGUUGCUGCAAGUGCGCGCCAGCCCUUACAAGGUUGACUCUGGGGGCAAGACACCUCUGCACCACGCUGCUCGAAAGGGGUGUGUUGAGACUGUGGUUUUGCUUCUACAAUUCAAUGCUGGCUGUGUUGACCUGUCGUCCGGAUGGAGAACAAGCACCCCGUUGAUGGAUGCUUGUCGGGCAGGCCACGUGGAGGCCGCACGUUUACUCCUGCGAGCUGAUGCCAACCCUGGCCUGUGUGAUGCCUAUGGCAGGACGGCUUUGCACCAUGCAGCUCACGGAGGGCGGUCCCAAAGCUCUGGCCGGACCGCUCUGCUUAAUGCAUUGAGGGAAGGCCACGUAAAGGCCACACGUUUACUUCUGCAAGCUGGUGCCUGCCCUGACGUGUGUGAUGCGUCUGGCAUGACGCCUUUGCACCACGCAGCUCUAGGAGGGCGUCCGGAGAUGAUCACAGCGCUUUUAGAACAUGGUGCCAAUAAGGACUUUCAGUCACAAAACUCUGGCCGGACCGCUCUGCUUUAUGCAUUGAGGCAAGGCCAUGUGGAGGCCACACGUCUACUUCUGCAAGCUGGUGCCUGCCCUGACGUGUGUGAUGCCUAUGGCAUGACG